AUGGGUGCGGCACAAUCAUCUCAAAAUGUCCAAGAACAAGUCAUAACACCUUCUGAGCCCGGUACAUCCGUUCAAUUCUCACCUUCGUUGAUAUCUCGACUCUCAUCACCUUCUGAACCGAGUUCCAAAAACGCUUCAGCAGACGAUAUCGUAAGAAGAAGAUUAGCAGCUGAAUCCGCCCAUUUAAGAUCCCAAGAAGCCGAAAUCUUAUCUUCAAUCUCUGCCGCCCUCGAAAAAGAAAAUCUCGACAAAGAAAAACCAGGUAUGAGCAGUGAAGUGCUCGGAAGAGAUAUUGAAGAAGUGCGAGAAAAAGUAGAAAGAUUGAAAGAAAGGAGAUUGAGAGAGAAUCAAGGUGUGAAGAAAGCUAGAGAACAAGUGGAAAGUUGUUAUUUGAAUAAUCCCGAUAAACCACUUGACUGUUGGAAACAGGUCGAAUCAUUCAAGAUCGAAGUAGCUAAACUUGAGCAGGCAUUUGUCAAAUCCCUUCAAUAA